AUGAUUGAUUGUGUAAUUAUUGAGUGUGAUGGAAAUAAUCAGUCAUUUACUGAAAUGUCAAAAUUCUUACAUCGAGAUUCACUUAAAAACACUAAUAGCACACCAAUGACUUCAGAAGCUCAAAUGAACAAUAACCUCAAGCAUCAAAUUGAGGAUGAACACAAGCUUUUAAUGAAAAAAGAGGAGGUUACACUUCAGAAAUUAAAGAAACUUCAACAAGAUAGUACAAAAAUUAUUGAGGAGCUCAACGAGAAGUAUAAAGAGAUUAAAGAUACUGAUAAAAUCAUCAGGAAGAAAUUGGGUGAAACGCAAGCAGAUAAUUGCAAUAUGAAGGAGACAAAGCAACAAUCAGCAACAACUUCAACAACCACAAAAAUGGAUAAUGCAGCUAUUAAAAUCGAAGAUGGUUUGGAAUAUUGCAUAGUUAAACUGACUAUUGAUGCUCCUCAAAUCACAUCAAGUUUUUAUUCGCCAAGAUCAGAUUUCAUUAUAAAACUGGAAAAUGUUGAAAAGUUUGAGCAGGAUAAGACAGUACUUAAAGAUGAACUACAUUACAUGGAGAAUUUAAAAUCAGCGAAAGUGCUUUUGAAACGUGAGUUAGUGUACAGGAAGAAAGAAGCAGAAGAUUUGUCAACAAAACACGCCAAUUUGAAGAACAAAAAGGAUCACUUGAAGGUCAACUAUAAACUUACAAUUGAUGGAGAACUAGGAGGAGGAUCAAAUCAUCAGGAACCGGAGUAUAUCCAGGAGAAGGCAUUUACUGACAAAAAUCAAGAAGAAGCUGGUGAAUUUUACAAUGAAUUGGAAGAGGAGAAUUGGACGCUUAUAUGCAUAGAUAAGGAAUUCUCAGAUGUGAGCAUCAAAUUAGAAGCAGCUGAGACAAUCAUCAAGCAAGAAGCAUCAACAACUUUUCUUUUGAUGCCAUUAAAUGAGCAAUAA